CCUGUAACCCCCUCUUCCUUGGCAGACGGCGCCCCCCUCAGCGAGCUCUCUUGGUCGUCCUCCCUGGCUGUGGUGGCCGUGUCCUUCUCCGGGCUCUUCACUGUCAUCGCCCUCAUGUUGGCCUGUCUGUGUUGUAAGAAGGGUGGCAUCGGGUUCAAGGAGUUUGAGAAUGCCGAGGGGGACGAGUACGCCGCCGGCUUCUCGGCACAGGGCUCCCCUGCGACAGGGGCUCAGAACAGGCCAGACGUGUAUGUCCUGCCGCUCACCGAGGUCUCCCUGCCCAUGGCCAAGCAGCCGGGGCGCUCAGUGCAGCUCCUCAGGUCCACAGACCUGGGCCGGCACAGCCUCUUGUACCUGGAGGAGGUGGGCCACGGCUGGUUCGGGAAGGUGUUCCUGGGGGAGGUGAACUCGGGCCUCAGUAGCACGCAGGUGGUGGUGAAGGAGCUGAAGGCCAGUGCAAGUGUGCAGGAGCAGGCGCAGUUCCUGGAGGAGGCGCAGCCCUACAGGGCCCUGCAGCACAGCAACCUGAUCCAGUGCCUGGCGCAGUGUGCGGAGGCGACGCCCCACCUGCUGGUGAUGGAGUUCUGCCCCAUGGGGGACCUCAAGGGCUACCUGCGAAGCUGCCGGGUGGCGGAGUCCAUGGCGCCCGACCCCCUCACCCUGCAGCGCAUGGCCUGCGAGCUGGCCUGUGGGGUCCUGCACCUGCAUCGUCACAACUACGUGCACAGUGACCUGGCCCUGAGGAACUGCCUGCUCACAGCCGACCUGACAGUGAAAAUCGGCGACUACGGCCUGUCCCACGGCAAAUACAGGGAGGACUACUUCGUGACGGCCGACCAGCUGUGGGUGCCGCUGCGCUGGAUCGCGCCCGAGCUGGUGGACGAGGUGCACUGCAACCUGCUGGUGGUGGACCAGACCAAGGCCAGCAACGUGUGGUCCCUGGGCGUGAGCAUCUGGGAGCUCUUUGAGCUGGGCGCACAACCCUACCCCCAGCACUCCGACCGGCAGGUGCUGGCCUACGCCGUCCGGGAGCAGCAGCUCAAGCUCCCCAAGCCCCAGCUGCAGCUGACUCUGUCCGACCGCUGGUACGAGGUGAUGCAGUUCUGUUGGCUGCAGCCUGAGCAGCGGCCCACGGCCGAGGAGGUGCACCUGCUCUUGUCCUACCUCUGCGCCAAGGGCGCCACUGAGGCCGAGGAAGAGUUCGAGCGGCGCUGGCGCUCCCUGCGGCCGGGUGGGGGUGGCGCGGGCCCCGGGCUCGCAGGCCUGGCUCUGGGGGGUGCGGGCGAGCUUGCGGCCGCCUCGUCCUUCCCGCUGCUGGAGCAGUUCGCGGGCGACGGCUUCCAUGCGGACGGGGAUGACGUGCUGACGGUGACGGAGACGAGCCGCGGCCUCAACUUCGAGUACAAGUGGGAAGCGGGCCGCGGGGCCGAGGCCUUCCCGCCGCCAGGGGGCGCAGCGAGCCCCAGCCGCGCCGCGCGCCCGCAGGAGCUCUGCGCCCCCGACGGCGCGCCCCCGGGCGUGGUGCCCGUGCUCAGCGCGCACAGCCCCUCGGUGGGUAGCGAGUAUUUCAUCCGGCUGGAGGAGCCCACACCCGCCGCUGGCCACGAUCCUGACUGCGCCGGCUGCACCCCCGGCCCCCACGCCGUGGACCUGCUCCCCAAUGGCGCUGACCAGGACGACUCUGAGGGCAGCGCGGACGCCUCAUUGGCCGUGGAGCCGCCCCCUGGGGGGCCCUGGGGCCACUGUGACUACUACCUGCACGGGAGCCAUGCCUGGGGCCCGCCCCGCACCCUGAGCUCUCCCUCACGGGGGACCCUCAUGCCGGCGGAGCCCAGGGAGGAGGACGGCGACUGGGGCUCAGCUGCCUUCUGCCCACCCUUCUUGGAGGACCCGCUGGGCACAUCCCCCUCGGGGAGCUCUGGGGCCCAGCUGUCCCCGGGUGGGGAGGAGAUGGGGGAGGCGGAGGAAUGCAGGGCUGCCCAGCGCAGACACUGGAGUUCUAACGUGUCCACUAACAACAACAGUGGCAGCCGGGCACCAGGUUCCUGGGACCCGGGAUAUGUGGGUGGCUGCAUGGGCUGCUGCCCCAGCACAGACCACACCCUACAGGCCGUCCCCGAGCUGGGCUGUCCCCUGGCCCUGGAGGACACCAGAGAGCCUCUCCUUGGGCCACAGGGGGCCUCCUCUGGCCAGGAGCUCGGCCGUUGCCUGGGCCUCCCUCAUCUGUGUCCUGCUGGGGGCCUGGCACCUGCCACUUGCCUGGUGCCAUCCUCCCGGACACAGGCGGCCAUAAGCUGGGGUGACAGCCCCCAGACAGAGCCCAGGCUUGCUGAGGAGGCUGAGGGCUCUGCCAGACCUCAACGGCCCCUUCCCUCCAUCCCAGCCCCGUCCCAAGAGGGAGCCCUGCUUCCUGCCGAGGAGGCCAGUGGCCUCGCCGCCCUGCCUGCCUUGCCCGUGCCUGCUGGCGGCUGGGAGGCUGCCUCUGAGGUAGCCCAGGGCCUGGACAGCUGCACUGGUUCCCCUGAGCUGGAAGAGCCAGUCAGUGAGGGCAAGGACAUGACAGAGGCCACUCCUGGCAAUUUGUCCAGUGAUGGCCCUCCAGCGGAGAAGCCGGACGUGACGCCGGCCUUCCGCUCCCUGCAGAAGCAGGUGGGGACCCCCGACUCCGUGGACUCCCUGGAUAUCCCACCUUCCGCCAGCGAUGGUGGUGGCUGUGAGGUCUUCAGCCCGUCAGUUACUGGCACUCCUGGCGGGCAGCCCCGAGCCCUGGACAGUGGCUAUGACACGGAGAACUACGAGUCCCCUGAGUUUGUGCUCAAGGAAGCACAUGAGCCCUGUGAGCCCGAGGCCUUUGGGGAGCUGGUCUCUGAGGGUGAGAGCCCCGGGCCCGAGACUCAGCUCUCCACCUCCCUUGGAAGCCUUGGCGAGAAAAACCCCUACCGUGACUCAGCCUACUUUUCCGACCUCGAUACGGAGCCCGAGUCCACCUCGGGCACCCAGGAGAAGGGAGGAUGUGCCCUGGCCCGCAGGCUAGAGCUGGACCUGGAGAGCCCUGGGCUGCAGUCCGCACAGCCCUCCCCUGAGUCUGGGGUUCCCGGGGGGGCACAGGGCACUGGCCCCAGGGAGGUGCCCCCGCUGCUCUUGCCGCCGCCAGACAACUCUUCUCCAGAGCCCAGCAGCACCUGCCCAGAGAGCCCUAGACUGGAGCCUCCCUGGCCCCAAGGCCCUGCGCAAGGGCCUCCAGGGCCCAGCCCCCAGCGCUCCAAGGUUUUCCUGCUGACCCCAGUCCCACUGAGCUCAGAGAGCCACCGCCCGGACCUCCAGGAGGCCCCAGGACUGCUUUCUGGGCCAGCCCAGCAGGAUCAGACGGGGGGCCCCGGCGCCCCCAGAACCCCACUCUGCCUGGCCUCGCCGGGACUGCCCGCAGACCCGGAGGGCCGGGCGGAGGAGGAGGAGGAGGACAGCGAGGACAGCGACGAGUCGGAUGAGGAGCUGCGCUGCUACAGCAUCCAGGAGCCCAGCGAGGAGAGCGAGGAGGAGGCGCCCCCGGUGCCCGUGGUGGUGGCCGAGAGCCAGAGCGCGCGCAACCUGCGCAGCCUGCUCAAGAUGCCCAGCCUGUUGUCUGAGGCCUUCUGCGAGGACCUGGAGCGCAAGAAGAAAGCCGUGUCCUUCUUCGACGACGUCACCGUCUACCUCUUCGACCAGGAAAGCCCCACCCGGGAGCUCGGGGAGCCCUUCCCCAGCGCCAAGGAGUCGCCCCCCGCGUUCCUGGCGGGCGGCCCCCGCACUCCCGGCGCCGUGGUGCUCUGCAUGCAGGGUGACAGUUCUCACCUGCUGCUGCCAGGCCCCUGCGCCCCACCAGGUGGGCUGCUCGCCAGCACCACACUAGGGGAGGGUGCGGGGUGCGUGCCCGCGAGGCACUUGUAG